AUGACGAUGGCUUACGAUGAAAAGAGAGAGAAGGGUCCAACCUCCUUCGGUUUGGAUUUUCAAGAUGACGGAACCUAUGUUGACACAUCGGAAUGCAUAUACUCGCAUCCGAUAUCUGGAAAUCUGACCGUGAGAGAAAAGGAAGAAGUUUUCAAAUUUACACAUUUCUGCGAUGUCAUUAGCACUUCGUACUAUUACACGAACAAUUUGUCAUCAAUGGAUUUCAAUAAAACCUCUAUUAUGACAAGUAAGAACCAAAGCACAUUUGAUGAUGGAAUCAGACGUUACUCGGACAGGUAUAGAAAUACAAUACAAAAGCUUGAUAAAAGUUUGAAUUACUAUUCCCCGAUGUUUUUCCCUAGAGAAUUGAGAAUUUCUAGUCUUGAGCGAAAAUUUGGUAAAGGAAAUGCUUCCAAGCUCGCCUUUACAAGGUUCUUUAAGCCUAGCAUGACGGCAAUGUCCUCACCAAUAAAUUUGGAGGAAAAACAAAGGCACCUUAUUGAGAAAUUUGAUAGCGUUGAAGAUUUUGACGAAGAUGCAGUAGAGGCGGAGGAAGAGGAAGAAGAGGAAGACGAUGAGUUUGAAGAGGAGGAGGAUGAUGAUUAUAAUGCCGAAAAAUAUUUCGAUGAUGGCGAAUUUGAUGAUGGGGACGAGGACGGUGACGAUGAGGUCGCUUUUUAA